CAAUAUGAGAGUAUGAGAUUUUGACAGUUGUCUGUAUGUCAUGUGUUGUCAGUACUUGUUAGUUUUUUAGUGAUAAGGAGGUUUCAUUAUAACAAAAAAACAUUAUUUUAUCGUGGUGCAUCUUUUUUUCUAUCAUAAAUGACGUCUGGCAAGGACACAAUGGGUGAACAACCUAUAUUUACAUGUAAGGCCCACGUUUUCCACAUUGAUCCAAAAACGAAACGUUCGUGGAUGCCAGCGUCCAGUACAGCUGUCAGUGUUUCAUUUUUUUACGAUUCGUCUCGGAGCCUGUACAGAAUUAUAAGUGUUGAAGGACAAAAAGCAGUUAUUAACAGCACGGUCACCCCAAACAUGACGUUUACUAAAACGUCUCAGAAAUUCGGGCAAUGGUCUGACGUUAGGGCAAAUACUGUUUAUGGGUUGGGUUUCUCGUCUGAAGCAGAACUGCAAAAGUUUAUCGAUAAAUUUAAUGAAGUGAAAGAAGCAACCAGAUCAGCUAUAAGCAAAGUCACUGCCAAUGGAGGUUCUGCAGUAACUCCAGUAACAAGUGCAAAUGCCAGUCCUAUAACUGCGAGGGCAGCCAACGCCACUCCUGACCAAUCUGAUAAUUUGUUAGAACCUCCUGGUAAAUUAUCACAUGAGUCAGUUCUUCCAGCUACAACUAAUGUUAAAGCAGAAGAGGACAUACCACAUCCACGAAGCCAUUCUAUUUCUACUCUACAAACUAAUGAGAGCCCCAGCCAUCAGAUUAAAACUGAAAAAACUACAUACAGUAAUGCUCCAACGAAUCCAAUAGAUAUGCAACUGAAGUAUGAGAAUGAUAGACUCAAAUUGGCCCUGGCGCAAAGUUCAGCCAACGCGAAAAAAUGGGAAAUUGAACUGGCAACUUUGAAGAGCAACAAUGCCAGGUUAACAAGUGCACUUCAGGAAAGCACGGCAAACGUCGACGAAUGGAAGAGACAAUUAGCGAGUCUGAAGGAAGAGAAUAUGAGGAUGAAGGCGAAAUAUCAAGCGGAUUUGGAGAACAGCAAAGGAUUCUUUUUAGGGGGUGGCGAUAUCGCUGACGAACUGCGGCAAGAAAUCCAGUCUUUACGAUUGCGGUUAGAACAGCUGGAGGCAGAACUCGACGCUAAAAAUAACGAGUUUAAGCAAUUGUCGGCCUUCCAGAAAGCACCAGACGUACAGUCAUUGCAGAAGGAAAACCAGGAACUCCAAGCCACAGCGAAACUAGCCCAGUCCGAAUUAGACAUAGCUCUCAGUGCUCACGAAUCUCAGAGACAAGUACUACUCACGCUUAACCAGCAAUUGGCUAGCAGAGUCCACGAAUUGGCAACGAUCCACGACGAAAUUACCACUGCUUUGCAAACGUGAGAGCUUGCACAAAGAUAGCAUUAUGUACGCGAACGCAUUUAUAUCGCAUAUGUAUAGGGUCCGUGUAAUAUCUUGCUUAGGUCUGUAACAAUAUAAUGAAUGUCUCGAAAAAUAUAUUAUACAAAACGUACUAUACUAUCGGUUGUAAAAGAAACACAAAAAACUAGACUUGUUAGUAUUUAUAUAAGGUGUGCCAUAUAUGAUUGUGCACAAUAAUCAUUGGCCAAUUAAGUUGUCUGUUUGAGCUAAUGCUAUACAACAUGUUUGCAUUUAUUAAGUGAUAUCGGGCUCCGUUUCAAUUAUGUAUAGGAAACUUUUGUUGGAACGUUUUCAUAUAUCAAAAUAUUUUAUACGUAACGAACGUGUGUUGUAAUAAUUUCUGUGGCUUUUUUUAAUAGCUGGAGAAUUAACAUAUCGUCUUAUCAAGCCAACGAGUUCAGAUAUGAAGUCUUUGUCAAAACUGAAGAUCUAAAAGAUUUCAUAUUUUCGCGGGAAGCCAUUAGGAGAUAUGUGUAUUCAGUUAAAGAUGGUUAAUUUUUGUUGUUUUGUUGUUUUAAUUGAGUGUGUAUACUAGAUGCAGUAUUCUGAGUUGUAGCUAGAAUUUAUUGUACUGUUAAAACUGACUGAUAUUUUUAAUUUUUCUUUGUUUACGCUAUAGCUUUUUACUUUGUCUAGAUAGUAUUUUGUAGAUACAAUCAAUUAAAAACGACUUAGACUAGUUAAAAGACAAAUCGAAGCACUUGUUAAUUUACCUAUCCUUUGUAUCUAUACCUGCAAAUUAUAAUAUGUUCUUAAAACGUAACAGGUGUUCAACUGAAAAAAGUUAUCAAGUUGGCGUUGCUUUUUAAUAAAAGAAAACGUGGCGAAAAACGUAUGUGUUGUAUUAAUACAUACGUAUAAACUUCACAAUGUUUACAAAAAAUCAAGGUCAACUCGAUGACUUUUUCAGUUGAACACCGGAUAUUUACACAAAGCAUGUAACUAUGUAUUACAGAUGAAGGGGUACAGUGAUAAUGCAUACGAAAGAUAACAUGUUUAAUAACUAAUUUUAAGAAGUUAUAGUAGCGUUAAGAAUACACGCAAAACGCAAAGCUGUUAGGAAACAGGUAUGCUAGUAGAAGAAAUAAGUAAUAAAUGUGAUGUACAAAAUUUGUUUUAUAUAAGUAAGACUUCGAGUUCGUGUGUAUAGAAUGUUUGUGUAUUUUUAUGUAUGCCGCAUUAGGUUUAUUAUGCUUGUCCUAAUUGAACAAGAUACAAUUAUUAAAACGCACUUGUACUAAGCCUGACAGUUUUGCGACAAGUUAUAACGUAAUUUGCAGAUCGUUCUUGAUACGUUCAUCAAAGCGAGGUAGUUAAUAUUGUGCGCUUUUUGAUACUAGAGUUUUCCUGUAAAAAACUGCCACAAGUUUCAUUUAUAAUCGUAAUCAUGUAUUGCAAGGAUAUGCACAAGGGGUAAAUUUUAUUUAUCAACGACGUCACGGCGCUAGCGUACGCCGAUGUAAGCCAUUCAGUAUUCAGUUGUAAUUGUGUUUCUUGUGCAUAUUCUAAAAAUUACUCUGCUGGAAAUUGAUGAUCUUAAUAAAAAUCUUCAUACGUUAUAAGUAUUAGAAAGAAACUGCUAAAUAUUAUUGCACUUGUAAAUUGAGAUUUGUUCUAGUAUGAAUAGAACAUGGUAUUUAUAUGUUGAAAUUGUUAAUAACAAUGAAACAAAUAUUGUUAUUUAUGUUUUCAAGUAUGUGGUGCAAGACCAAACUGUAUGAAGCUAUUUUGUUCAUAAAAUAGACUUACUUGACGAUG